GGUUUUUGAACAUUUCGCAGAGAUCUCAUGGUUCUUAGUGAUCCAGCACAGAAAACCGUCAAUCAGCUAUGUUUGACAAUCAUCCCGAUUCUCAGUACGAUACGCCGCAAGUAUGGCACGGUGUUUGCCGAUGCUCUAUCGAUUUACACGGUCGCCGCCCUGAAACGCCUGAAAGUCCUGGAAAUCGAGAAUGACGACGGGAAUCUGCAAUUACUCCGCCAACAGCGUGCUCUGGCGCGAAAGGAAUUAGCGCUCCGCCAGCAGGAACAGAAUGAACUGUGUAACCGCUGCGAAAAGGAUGUGGAAUACGCAUUAGAGCAAUGGAGAAAGGAGAGCAAAGGUCUCGCCCACCAGGUGCAGUUUCUGGAGUCGCAGAAAUCGUUACAGUUGGCGGAACUGGAUGGAGCAAUGCAGGCGCUGCGGGAGCAGCAUCCUACAAUCGGAGCGACGUAUAUGCAAGGCGAAGAAGCGUAUCUGCAGAAGGUGCUGAUGGUGAUACAGAUACUGGAGCAAAAAGUCCAUAACAUCAGUGUGCGAUUGGCCGAAGCGUAUGAGGAACUGCACAAGAGCGUUGCAGACGCUGAAGUUAUCAGCCGACAUUUGGAAGCCAUAGCUCAACCGACGAUGAGCAGCUCCUGCGUUGAGGAUGCAGGUGUGACAAAAGCGGAAUCUGUAGCAGUAAUGGAAGCCUUACCGUUUGUGUGAAACUAACAACCUGCAUAGUCUAGUUCGUUGGAUUGUUAGAUGUGUUGCAAUAAGCCUGGAUCAUACCACAUUUUGACUGGAUGUCGUUCGUCAUUAGAAUCCUUUCUAAAUUCUGUUGAAGGCUUUUCAACAUAAAGCCUCAGUUUAUCUAGCAGGACGAGUUGCUGAUUUAAAUAACUUGCAAACAAACACGGCUUGUAGACGGUUUUAGAUUUUCCUAAUCUACUAUCUGCUUUAACAGUAUAAAAUUUCUGACGAAGCGUUUACCUCAUUCUCUUGACGGUAUCCGAUCAAGAUGUCUUUUAAUGUGA